CUCGGUGAUGCGCAGAGCCGCCGUGUGCUUGUGCAGACGAGCCGAGGUGGGAGACUCCAGAGGAACUUCGCGGAGGACGCAUCGACACAUCCCGGAGCACCGAUCGGUUUUAUCGCCAUUUCGGGGAAGCACGUUGAAGAAUGUCAACCUCUGAAGAUCAGGAACCACUAUUGCACCCAGAGGGAGGAGCGUCCCCAAAAGAGGGAUCAUCGCUUAGUGAGAUACAGUCUCUGAAGCUGGAAUUAUCCUCAGAAGAGACACACCCCCAAGAGGCAAGAUCACCAAAUGAAGCAACCUUCUCUCUAGAGACAUCUCUGACAGAAGCAACAAUCUUAGGAGAGGAAGAAUCCCGGACACAGCCAACAUCACCAGGAAACCCAAAGUCUCCAGGAGAGCCAAUGUUACUAAGAGAGAGAAAGUCCUUCACAGAGACAACAUCUCCAGAAGAUGCCAUAUCCCCAAGAGAGGAAACAAUCCUAAGAGGUGGAACAUCCCCAGAAAUGACAAAAAGCCUAGAAAUAGAUACUUCCAAAGAACAGCUUGUAAAACUGGAUCAGCAGAAAGAGCUGACACUCCAACAACAACCCGUGCAGGAAUCACCACCACCAUUGCCUUUGCCGACAGCCAAUCUAGAAGCCAUCAAUUUCCUGGCUUCGAUCACUUCAGAAGAACUGGCGCUGAUACACUUCACCGAUUCUCUGGUUACUAUUUCUGACACGGGAAAGGAGCUGGGUGAAUUUACUGUCUCUGUUCAUCCCACAAUCUACAAGGGAGAGCAGUGUGUGAGAGUCACUGCCAACAGUCACGGCUCCAUUGACAACAUUCCCUGUGGAACGUCCAUCUCGGCCCACAUCUCUAAUAAACUCGAAACAUUGGAGCUACACCACCAUGAAUACAUAAAGUUGAAGGAUCACUCUCUGGUUAAGGAGACGUUAAUGAAGAAGGAACAUGAUGGUUAUAUCUUGACAAGGGAUGUCACUAUGGCUGAGGAUGUGAAGUCUGAGACUUUGAGCUUCAGUCAGACAGACAUGGAGGGCUUUGUGUCAGAAGCAAGUAAUCUGUUGCUUUUACGCAUUAUGGCCCGACAAAAUAAUGUUCCAGACAACAUGGUCUUCCUCUCGUUUGACACUGAAAUGCAACUUUCCACCUGCACGUAUAUGAACCUGGGACCUAGGACGAUGAUGAUUGGGAAAAGUGAAUGUGAGGUCCUUAGCAUCCAGAGAACAAUUCACUCACAGGCAAACAGUCCCAUGAGCUGGCAGAGCAGCUUCUUGCCAGAUGGACAUUUGACCAGCAGGGUGCAGGUGGGCUCUCCUAUUACAAUGAGGCUGAAACAACUACCUCACAUCAUAGAAACAGAUGUGGAAGAUCCCAAACCAGUUUUUGAGAAGAAACCACUGAAAUGGGAGGAAGAUAUGCAACUCUAUUUUAAAUUUCUUGACAGAACGGAAGCCCUGAAAGCGGACUACAGCAACUACAUUAGGCACCACCCAGAGCUGAAGAGUAUAUUGGCUGAUUUCCUGCAGUUCCUCCUCCUCAGAAAACCACAAGAUGUCAUCACCUUUGCUGCAGAAUAUUUCUCCUCCUUCUCCACCUUCAGCACAGAGCAGUCACCCUUUCUGACCUCCAGCAAACUGAGCCCCUUCAAAGAACCUUAAGUUUUCAUUAAAAUGCUUAAGUGUAUAACAAGUAUUUUCUGUAAAACGUAUUUAUAACCACUCUGGGUUGUUUCACUUUGUCAGUGACACCGAGCCCUAGAAGAUGUCAAUGGCAGAAGUAAGUUUAUUUAAGAGUCACAUUAGAAGGAUUGCAGGAUGGAGAGAAAUAGUUUUCUGUAGUUCAGGGUCACAGCAGCUGAAUGCAAUGACCAACAGGAGAGAGAGCAAGGGGAAACCAAUAGGAGAGAAAGAGAGCGAGAGUGAGCAAUAGGAGAGAGAGGGAGAGGGAGACCAAUAGGAGAUAGAAACAUAGAAACAUAGAAAAUAGGUGCAGGAGUAGGCCAUUCGGCUCUUCGAGCCUGCACCGCCAUUUAUUAUGAUCAUGGCUGAUCAUCCAACUCAGAACCCAGCCUUCCCUCCAUACCCCCUGACCCCUGUAGCCACAAGGGCCAUAUCUAACUCCCUCUUAAACAUAGCCAAUG